AUGGGGAGCUGCAACUGUAUUCCAAAGAAACAACCUGAAUAAGAACUCCAUACUCAAAGGGGAUCGAGUGAUCACCAUAUAGCAGACAAAGAAAAACAACCAGAAGAAAAAUCAAUUUGUCAUGAGGACAAUAAACCGCUUAAUGAUGAAGCCCAAUAAUUAGUACAAAGCACCAAAGGCAUUCAGAAAAAAUUACCAAGAAUUAAUAUGACCAAUGGAGGCUAUUAUGAAGGGGAUUGGUUCAAUUGUAUGCGACAUGGUUAAGGAAUUCAUUACUGGGCUGAUGGAGGACAUUACGAAGGAUAAUGGAAGAAUGAUAAAGCAGAAGGCUACGGUAAAUUAGUCCAUUGUGAUGGAGAUGUCUAUGAUGGCUAAUGGGCCAAUGAUAUGGCUAAUGGAAAAGGAACGUAUACACAUGCAGGAGGUGCCCGUUAUGAAGGUGAUUGGCUUAAUGACUAAUAACAUGGCUUUGGAACUGAAGUUUGGCCAGAUGGUUCUAAAUAUGAAGGAAUGUACACUUUUGGCAAAAAGAAUGGAAGAGGCAAGUUGCAAUUUGCAGAUAACAGUCUCUAUGAAGGAGAAUUUUUGGAUAAUGAAAUUAGUGGAAAUGGUAGGUACGUUUGGAAUGAUGGAAAGACUUAUGUUGGAAGUUGGUUAAACAAUAAAAUGAAUGGAUAUGGAGAAACCAUUUGGCCAGAUGGAAAGAGCUAUAAAGGAUAGUACUUGGAUGACAAGAAACAUGGAUAAGGUGUGUUCUCUUGGAAUAAUGGAAAAAGAUAUGAAGGAGAAUGGGCUCUAGGGAAGUAAAAUGGCAAAGGGGUUAUUAUCACAGAAACUGGAGAAAGGAAAGCAGGGAUUUGGGAAAACGGAAGAAGAAUCAAAGUCGAAGGAGAAAACGAUCAAACAGCAGAGGGAGAAACCUGAACAACAAUUGCCAAUAUGAUUAUUAAUCUAUACUUUUUUGCAAUUACAAAAAUACUUAA